GGGAUGGGGACGGCGACGGGGCGGGCGCCGGGGGCUGCAGCGCGGCCCGGCCCCGGCGGCGGAGCAGCAGCGGCAGCAGCGGCGGCGGCGAGCGCGCGCACGUGACUCCGGCGCUGGGCGCCCGCACACCGCGCCCGCUGCCCUCGCCGCCUCCCCGAGCACCGUGCGAGCCGCCGGCAGGGCACGGCUCGGCACUGCACGGCACGGCACUGCACGGCUCGGCACGACUCGGUACUGCUGGCACGGCACGGCACCCGGCGCCGAGCAGGCGGCAAGAGUUUGCGAAGGCUGCCGCUGCGUUGCCUUCCCGGAGAGGCUGCGCGCCCGGAGGAUGGCCGGCUGCGGGCUGUCGGAAGACGCCUUCUUCUCGUCCUUCUUCUGCAACUACACCUCCUCCUGGGAAGCCUCCUACAACCAGUGUGCUGCUCUGGUUGGCGAAGACCAGCCUCUUUGCCCAGAUCUCCCAGAACUUGACCUCUCCGAACUAGACGUGAACGACCUGGACACGGACAGCUUUCUGGGGGGGCUCAAGUGGUACAGCGACCAGUCAGAGAUCAUCUCCAACCAGUACAGCAAUGAACCCGCCAAUAUAUUCGAGAAAAUAGAUGAAGAGAAUGAGGCAAACUUGCUAGCAGUUCUCACUGAGACACUGGACAGCAUCCCCGUGGAUGAGGAUGGAUUGCCUUCGUUUGAUGCACUGACAGAUGGAGAUGUGACCAAUGAAAAUGACACUAGCCCUUCCCCAAUGCCCGACGGCACCCCUCCAACCCAGGAGGCAGAAGAGCCGUCUCUACUUAAGAAGCUCUUGCUGGCUCCAGCCAACACUCAGCUAAAUUACAAUGAAUGCAGUGGUCUCAGCACACAAAACCAUGCAAACACAAAUCACAGGAUCAGAACAAGCCCUGUGGUUGUUAAGACUGAGAAUUCAUGGAGCAAUAAAGCAAAGAGCAUUUGUCAACAGCAAAAGCCACAAAGACGUCCCUGCUCUGAACUUCUCAAAUAUCUGACUACAAACGAUGACCCUCCUCAGACCAAACCAGCAGAGAACAGGAACAGCAGCAAAGAGAAAUGCACCUCCAAAAGGAAGCCCCAUCUGCAGUCUCAGACAAAUCACCUGCAAGCCAAACCAACAAGUUUAUCACUUCCGUUGACGCCCGAGUCACCAAAUGAUCCCAAGGGUUCCCCAUUUGAGAACAAGACUAUUGAACAAACCUUAAGUGUGGAACUCUCUGGAACUGCAGGCCUAACUCCACCUACAACCCCUCCUCAUAAAGCCAACCAGGAUAAUCCUUUUAGGACUUCACCUAAGCCGAAGUCAUCAUGCAAGACUGUUGUACCACCUUCAAAAAAGCCCCGCUAUAGUGAGUCUUCCAGUUCUCAAGGAAACAACCCGAUCAAGAAGGGUCCAGAACAGUCUGAGCUGUAUGCACAGCUUAGCAAGACUACAGUACUGUCCAGUGGACAUGAGGAGAGAAAGACAAAACGGCCCAGUUUGCGGCUGUUUGGUGACCAUGACUACUGUCAAUCUGUGAAUUCAAAAUCAGAAAUACACAUUAAAAUAUCCCAGGAACUUCAGGACUCCAGACAACUAGAAUUUAAGGAUUCUUCACCUGGGUGGCAGUGUCAGAUUUGUUCUUCUUUAGAACAAGACCAGUAUUUCAAGAAAGAGACUUUACAGACAAGUAAGCAGGGAUCCCUCGGUAAUAACAGAAAACAGCUCCAAGACCAGGAAAUUCGGGCUGAACUGAAUAAGCAUUUUGGUCACCCCAGCCAAGCUGUUUUUGAUGAAGAAGCAGAUAAGACCAGUGAACUAAGGGACAGUGAUUACAGUAAUGAACAAUUUUCCAAACUACCUAUGUUUAUAAAUUCAGGACUAGCAAUGGAUGGUCUCUUUGAUGACAGUGAAGAUGAAAGUGAUAAACUAUGCUACCCUUGGGAUGGGACACAAGCCUAUUCAUUAUUUGAUAUAUCGCCUUCUUGCUCUUCUUUUAACUCUCCAUGCAGAGAUUCAGUGUCUCCACCCAAAUCCUUAUUUUCUCAAAGAUCCCAAAGGACACGCUCUAGAUCAAGGUCCUUUCCUCAACGCAGGUCUUGUUCCCGUUCUCCAUAUUCCCGAUCGAGAUCAAGGUCGCCCUGUAGUAGAUCCUCUUCAAGAUCUUGUCACUGUUAUGAGUCCAGCCACUGCAGACACCGAGCAUACAGAAGUUCUCCCUUACGUGCAAGAUCGCGAUCCAGAUCACCGUACAGUCGCAGACCCAGAUAUGACAGCUAUGAGGAAUAUCAGCAUGAAAGGCUGAAGAGGGAAGAAUACCGCAAAGAGUAUGAAAAACGGGAAUCUGAAAGGGCCAAACAAAGAGAGAGACAGAGGCAGAAAGCAAUUGAAGAACGCCGUGUGAUCUAUGUGAGUAAAAUCAGACCUGACACAACCCGAACAGAACUGAGGGACCGGUUUGAAGUUUUUGGUGAAAUCGAGGAGUGCACAGUAAAUUUGCAGGAUGAUGGAGACAGCUAUGGUUUCAUCACCUACCGCUACACUUGUGAUGCCUUUGCUGCUCUUGAGAAUGGAUACACUUUACGCAGGUCAAAUGAACCUGACUUUGAGCUGUACUUUUGUGGACGCAAGCAAUUUUGCAAGUCUAACUAUGCAGACCUAGAUUCAAACUCAGAUGAUUUUGAUCCUGCUUCCACUAAAAGCAAGUAUGACUCCAUGGAUUUUGAUAGUUUACUUAAAGAGGCACAGCGGAGCCUGCGCAGGUAACAUGCAUCACACCAGAGGAAAACGGAGGGAUGGCGAAUACCUCACGGACAUCACGUCCUUCAAUAAUGGACAAUUAAGAAGUCAUACUUAGGAAUUUCUCCUACUUUACACUCUCUGUUCAAAACCAUGGUUUACAUGAACACAGCUGCUCGAGGAGUGAGGAGGCGGAAUGGCUAUCCAGCAAGCACACGCGUGUCCAUGGGUGUCAGCUUUGCUUUCGCGGGUGACCGGUGGUGGGGGAGCCCAGCGGUCCUUGUGCAGUCGAGGGCAAACCACAUGUCAUGGCAGCAGUUCCACAGAGAUACACUUACAACAUAGAACUUCAAAAUGUGUACAUAGUGCAUUUUAACAAAACAAAAACAAAUUAAAAGAAAACAAAUUUGAGAACUAUGGCUGCUGAUGUCUGAGAAUCAGACACUGCAUUUUUUUUUAAUGAAGCUUCUUCUCACAACACAGUGAUAAUAUGACAAUCCAGAAGAAACCACAGGUCCCAGAAGUCUGCAUUGUGUUUUAGUUUUGUUUUAAGAUUUUUCUUUUCUUCUCUUUUCUUUUUUUCUUCUAUUUUUUUCCUUGCAGAAGAGAAAAUGAAAGGCUAAAGCUUCCCUAACAUUUUGAAGUUUCAUCUUUUAAUUCUGACACCCAUGUAAAUGUCUACAACGUUGAUCUUCCACAGCAAAGUUUUCAAAGCCUUGUUAAUGGUCAAAUGUGCAGCUUGUUCAGCGAUUUAUUCUAAUGAGCGGACGUGGUGUUACAUUAUUAAUGAGAGUUGGAUAUAACUAUCUGGGUGUGUGCACAGAUAGUUUAUUUGCUACAUUCUCUAAAGUAGUUGAGUAUUUACAGAUGUUAAAUGGAGUAUUUUUAUUUAUGUACAUACUGUAUGACAAUGGUUUUUUUUGUUACAGCUAUGCACUGUAAAUGCAGCCUUCUUUUCAAAAACUGCUGAAUUUUUCUUAAUCAAGAAUACUCAAAUGUAAUUAUAUGAGGUGAAACAAUUAUUGUACACUAACAUAUGUAGAAAGCUGAACUUAACGCUUAUAUAUAUUUGAUUGUAAAAAAAAAAAAAGAAAAGCGUGUGGGUGAGGGUGUGCGUGUGUGCGUGUGUCUGAGUGCAAAAAUGCUUUACACACAUUCAUCCCUCCUUUGGUGAGCUUAUAUAAGAACUUUGUCAACACUUAUCCUAGCCCAAAAGGUAUUAACCACUUCUGCAAUAUUUUUCCACAUUUUUCUCAUUGCUUGAUUUUCUUUUGCAGUUUUAUACACUGAAUUUGUUAGGGAAAUGAAAUUUUCUCAUCUAAAUUUUUCUAGGAGAUACCAUAAUUUUAUGUAAAGUCUCUCAAAUGGGUAAUCAUUAAGAAAUGUUUUUAUUUUAUGUAUCAACAGUAGUUUUGGAACUAGAGGUCAAAAAUCUUUUUAAAAUGCUAUUUUGUUUUAAUUUUUGUGAUUUUAAUUUGAUAAAAAUAUGCUGAGGUACUAAGUACAGUAUGAUUUUUACAGUAAUUCUGUGUCUAAACACUGUUGUUGAAGCCAGUAAUCUUUUCAUUGGCAGAGUUUAAUGAUGGUAUUUAUCUAUAUUUUUUACAGUUAUGCAUCCUGUAUAAAUACUGAUCCUUCAUUCCUUUGUUUACUAAAGAGACAUAUUUAUCAGUUAAGAUUAUCCUAUUUAUUAUAAAUUAUGAGAUGACUAAAAUAAUAAAAAGGCCAGUGGAAAUUUUAUACUUAGGAUGCAUGACGGUUGUCAGUUUGGAGUAAGUGCUUUGUCUGGAAAUUCAGCUUUUGCAGAAGCAGUGGUUUUUUGUUGUUGGUGGUUUUUUUUCUUCUUCUUCUUCUUCUUCUUCUUCUUUUUUACUAUGCACUAGCAUGGCCUCAGAUGUGCCCAUGACAUUGUUGCUGAUGACAUUGCUUCUGCUAAAUUAAAUAUAAACUUCAGGAAAGAAAAAAAAAGAAAGAAAACACAACAGUAAACUACUACUAUUCUGAGCAUCAGAAUUUCAUCUGAACUUGGAGUCUCUAGACUGAAUCAGCAAAGUUUGGAAUUUGCUUGCGAAUGUAUAGAUUUGGUAUUCUAUUACUGUUUGGCAUUCAUGACUCCUCUUAAAGGUAUGGCACACCUAACUAUUUAAUCUCCUUUCCCACUCCCAAUCUUAGAAAACUGAUUCCACCCCCAUGCCAGUGCAGUUGAUUUUGAUGGCUGCAUUCAUUUUAUCACCAGCAUAUUGUGUUCUGAGAGAUUCCACUGUCUGUCCUGUCGGAUGCUUGCUUGAUUUUUUGGCUUCUUAUUUCUCAGUAGAUAGAUAGCAAUAAAAAAGAAAAAAGAAAAAAAGAAAAGAACUUUUUCAGAGGUUCUGUGUUACAACUGUAACAUUCUUUAAUCUGCAUAAUUCUCGUUGUUGCUCUGUAGGUUAAAAAUGCAGGUAUUUUAACUUUGUGUGAAUGCCAAACUAAAAGUUUACAAUUUUCCUUUCUGGAUUUUGAGUAUCUUCUGUUGUAAAGAAAAAUAUUAAAAGCAAUAAAUUAUUUUUAAGAAAUCAAUAUUUAGUAUAUCAUAUUAUGUGUUCAAGGACCAGACGCAUUACCUAUUUUGCCUUUAAAUUUAUGUGAUUAAAUUUAAAAUACAUUCUCUUUUGCCCUACAUUGCUGACUUGAAUAAAUUGGUGGGGAUUUUUUGGGGUGGGAGGGGGGGGGUGGGCUGUUUAUUUUCCAUCAAGCAGGCAUGUCAUGAGUCAAUUUUUUUUUUCACUGGCCUGGCAAGCAUUCUUAUCUUGAAGAUGGCUUUCCUCUGUGGAUUUACAGAUUACAUAUGAAAUUAAUGUAGAGCUAGGAUUGCUGAAUAAAGCUAUUUGUAUCCUUUGUAGACACUGUAGUAGGUAACCCAUCAAAAUGUAAACUCAGUGUUUCCUUUUCUCUCCCCCCCAGAACAUUUCAAAUUAGCACAUGUGCCACAUUGUCACUGGAGGCAAAUUGCAGCAUAGCUCUGUAUGUCUUUUAGAUGAAGAUUGUACUGUUGCUUUCAUGCUGUGGUAAGUACCACAUCUGCAAUACAGGUAACAGAACUGGUACUUAGAAACUAUGGUCUUUUCUGGAGCUAUAACAAAGUAAUUCCUACAUAAGGUAAAAUGAUCUAAAUCCAAACAGAGGGAGCCUAAAAUUGAGGAAAAAUAUCUGUGCUGAACUGCUCUGAAAAGCAGUUGGGCUGCCAUCACCAAAAGCAGCAUCAAGAAGAACGUUUGUGCCUCUGGCGUAUAAUACUUGGGUCAGUUGAAAAAAAAAAAAAAAAGAAAAGAAAAAGAAAACACACAUCUUCUUCUGAUCCCUUAAGAUGUAAGCUUACAGUAGGUAAUGAUUAUGUGUCCUUUUUGAUGGCUGUAAUGAGAACUUCAAUCACUGUAGUAUAAGAUCUGAUCUAUAAAUGACCUAGAAUAGCCAUGUAAUAUGAUGUGAUUCUAAAUUUGUACCUAUGUGACAGACAUUUUUAAUGUGAACCACUGACCUGAUGGAGCUACUGUAAAAUUUGUACAGUAGGUGAACAUGUAAAGCUAUUGGUUGGACUAUGCUGAACAGGGAAAGCAAGCUAUUAGUUAAGCCCGCGCUGGGCUGUUUUCCACCUGCCAAUUCUACAUGUAAUUUUGUGGUUUAAUUCAUUGUAUGAAAAUUCCUGUGAUUUUUUUUUUUAAUGUGCAGUACACAUCAGCCUCACUGAGCAAAUAAAGGGAAACGAAUGUUUCAAAUCCACUUCUGUUUCUCUUUUUUAUCAAAAGUGAAGGUCCCCCAUGUAACUGGUCAUGGACUGGGUUUUCCAUUACUCUUCCUAAUGGUCACAGUUGAUUUCAAAUAGCCCAGGUCAUGCCUGCAUUACUGCACUUUGGGCAGGGGACAGACCCACAAGUUAUAAUAAUUUAAUAGUAGAAAGGUGCUACCUGCCUUUUGGCCAUGAGUACUUGAGGCUGUUGAGGGGUUAACAGAAACUUUCUGGGAGAACUUUUGAAAAAUGCUCAGUGGUGUGUUAAGAGUUACUGGCUCAAGUUACCAGAGGGUGGGGAAUGUAAGGGUGUUUCUGCACGGCCAUGCUUGGAUCCAACCAAUGCCAUCAGGGACUGAUAAGUCCAAAAUGGUUGGUGUCUUCCAUCCUGAAAUGUUUAAUACCUUUACUAAGAAAAAAUGCCAUCAUGACAUUCACCAGCAUCUCUGUCUCAGCAGACAGGCUAGGAGGAUCAGACAGGUUGGGUAUCCUUCCUGGACAGGACAGCAUGCGGCAUGGCGGCAUUCCACACCAGCAUUGUCACAUUGUCACAGAGCUGACAGCAGCUCUAUGGAGAGGCAAAAAUGGUAUUCACAGCCCUAUCAUUUAGAUGUGGAUAAAAAGGUGAGGGAAUUGUUUUCGUUAGUUUUGCACAGGCUUAUUCACAGGUAGCCAAAAUACCACUGUCGGCUUACCCUGCAGGCCUUUUGUAUCAACAACGCACUAUGACAGAGCUGACCCUGCUGUACUUUGGCCAUGAGUAUCCCCACCUUGACAGUGUGCCAUGGAGGGCAUCUGCAGCAUGAUGUGAGCUAGCACAGCCUACGCAGCUCAUGGUCUUUAGCUAGAGAGGUUUUCUCUAGAUUUUGAGACCGCUAAAUUCACUUCUAAAAAUUGCCUUUCUCAAGAUGACUAGCCUCCACCUCAUCUCUGUUCCUAACAUUGCUGUUCAUUUUAUACUCUGCACUUUUCACUUGAAAAGCAUGCCAUGAAACUCCCAACUGUGGUCUUGAUGAAACCAGUCCCUCAUGUUGGAGCGUGAGGCUGGGGGCAAGGUGCCUCUGGGGAGAGCAGGCUCUUCUUAACCAUGGUUUACUGCUGACCCUAACCGUUCCCCACCACUCCUUCCUGUCUCCUCCAUUGCAUUUUCUCCCCCAUGCUCUCUUUAACUACUUCUUCCUCAAAGAUUACAAAAGGAGUAAAUCUGUCAUGCACUCGCAUGAGCUUCACUAACUCCCACAGCAGGGAGGGGAAGCUGUGAUGCUUACAGUUUGCAUUUAUACCAUUUACAGAUCCGAAAUCUCAUGCUUGGUCCACAGUGCUUUCAGAGUGAAGUUCUUUUCUGGAUGGGAUUCGUGUUGUUUUCUCACUGUUACUGAUCAAAUUAAUGCUCAAAAUGAAGUGGGUCACAUCCAUUCCUGAUGCGCUUCAUCAGUGUUGCUGCAGUUACACAAAGCAUGAAUUCAGCCUGAUAUUUUUCAGCUUUUUAAUUUGAUUUGUUUAUUAAUUUCUUAUUUUUGCAAAGCACUUUUAUGCUUAAAAAAACUACUGAAUUUGAUUUCCAGAAAAAUAUUUAUUCCUCUUCCUCCACCCCAUUCCCUCAUUUUAUAUUGAGAUUUAUUGCAUGAAAUCAGGAUCUCAUUUAUUAAGAAAUCAUCCCUUCCAUUGCCUGUUCCCCUGGGUUAACACUUUAUCCUACAGCGAACGCUGCGAGCUGAACACCUGAAAUCAAAUUCAGGCACCUCAGUGAGUGGCCUGAUUUUCAAAAAUGCUGAGCAUCUCGCUGCUCCCAUUGACUUCAAUUAGACCUGCCGGCUCUCAGCACUUUUAAAAUCAAGCCACAUAUUUAGAGCCCCAAUUCAGCACAGCAUUUACAUUUGUGCUUAAGUCCAUCCUGAUUCAGCAAAGCACUUAAGCAUGAGUGUUUUUAGAUCCAUUGAAGUCAAGUGCUCUGCUGCUUUGAAUAAAAAUAGACUCCUGGAUUGGGGCCUAAGAAUCCAAAAACAGACACCAAAGCCUAAUUUUAGGCUCUAUUUGGAAAACUUCAGCCUUGCCUACCACCUUUAACCUUUAAUGCUUUCAGCAAACACAAGAACACCCAACAGGUGAUAUAUGGGGGAAGGUUUAGGUAAGAAAAACGGAAACUGGACAAAAUUCUUCCUUGGAGAGAAAGUUUUGAAAAAUUUAAAUACAACUCCAGCAAAAUGACUUCCUAAGUAUUAUUUCACAUUCCACUUCCAGAAUCUCAUUCAAGAUUAAACUGCAGUUAUUCUAUUGUCUUUCACCAUUAAUUAAUAAACUGCUACAUUAAACUUUAACCAAUAUAACUUCUCUUGCUUUUUCACAAAUCCCAGUCUCACCAUUGAUAUUCCAUGUUCACAAGCAAACUAAACUAUAAAUCAAUUUUCUCUACUUUAUCAAACAGCAGAAAGUAAUAAAGAAGGUCACAAAUAGUACAGUAGUUCCUUGGAGGUUUGUAACAUCAUAAUUUAAAGCUCAGAAAGAUUGAAUCAAAAGUUGAAUUAAUCCCUAAGGGAAAAGAUUCUAUAUAGAUUCUAUUGAUAGACAUAGGGCAGCCUGUCUUCAUUGGGAACUGGUAUAUUUGCUAAUACUUUGGGACAAAGGAAACUAGGCUUCUCAGCAAAGGAGAAAAUGAAAUCCUCAGCGAGAGGAAGUGGGUUUUUGCUUUUUGCACUUCCUGUCACUGUUCUCAGACCGUUCUGGAAAAAAAAAAAAAAAAAAAAAGACAAAUCAGACUAAUCUUUUGAUGCACAAUGUGCUCUUCUGAAUGGCUGGUGUCUGCAUGAUGCAAUUAUAAAAACUGCAUCUAAGUGGAAUACAUAUAUAAAUUGUAAAUGUUGCACUUCUUUAGUGUUUAUCCCUAGAUGGAUGCUUUUUCAGUGAAACAGCCUCAAUCCCAAAUCAUAGCAGUCUAUGAACCCAACAUAAAAUGAAAGGUUGUUUUUUUACAAUGACAAAUUUUGGUAAAGUUACAAAUAUUUCUUCUGAAGCUGGAAAUAUAUUCCUCAAAGCAUGGUUAGCUUUUGAGUGUCCUUUGAAUGAUUGCAGCUUCCUUUCAACAUGAAAGGAACCUAUGAAUCUGAAAUCAGAGUUUCACAAAGGAAUUUCUGAUUCUGUGUUUAAACAUAUAUAUCACCUUAAUGAUGUGACUGCACCUGAUGAGUUAAGAUAUCCCUCCAGACUCAAGAGGCAUUAAUGGGG